AUGGACUCCACCGCAAUGUUUCGCGAGGUCGCCCUGUGCGGGUUGGCGCAGGAGCAGGGCAUCGCCGCUCUACGGGCGUGCCUCGCCGACGCCCGCGGCGAUGAGACACUUCGCUUCACCGAGAUCACUUCUGCCAUGGCACGUCGUGCUGUCGUGUGGGGCGAUUCCUCGGCGUGGGAUGACAUAAAGGUUGUUCUCCAGACUCGCUUGGCCCCCGGCUCUCGGCCGUUGCCAUCCGAAGUCAUGUCCGUCUGUGCUGCCCAUUUCCGCGAUGCAGAUUUCAUCGUUCCCGACCCCAAGGAGGACGCUGUCAUUGUCCACGGUGGGCUGGACAACGGGUACGGGUCCGCGGAGGAUGGGUGCCACUUCUUGCCGCUGCUCCAUGUCGACGAGUACCGCCUGUUGCCCCCGUGCUCGUCACCGAAAUGGGCCGACAUGGUGGCGGCCGUCGCCGCUCGCAGUGGUGAUCUCGCGCUGGAGUCGCGCGUCCGUGACGGGGGCGACUGCUACUUCCACGCGCUUCUCGUCCUCCUGCAUUUCCGGGGCGUGCUCAUGCUCGCGCCGAGCGGCGUGUCCGCGGCCCCGGGGGGAGCGAGUGCCAGUCUUCGCGUCCCGGACCCCACGGGCGAGAGCGUCGCCGCAUUGCAGGCCAAAGUCGAAGGGCUCCCAGAGGACGAGGCAUCGGACGCGAUCGAAGAGUUCCUGUUUCCUGACAUCGUCUUCGAGGGUUUUAAGACGAAGGAGGAGGUCUACGAGACAGUGCGCCAGAGGGUCAUGAAGGCGUGGGAGGACACCCGGUCUCACCGCCAGAUUGCCAGCGAGCUGGAUUUCGAUUUGCGCACCAUCGCGCCGAAGCUGUUGGCGGACGCCGUGCACACCGCAGGAAAGGCCCGGGGUCUCUCUGCGGAGGCGCUGCUCUCCGCCGUGGAGUGCAACAUGGGUUUCAUCGAGGCGCCCGGAACAAAGCUGACGCACUUGCGGAUGUCAGGCCAUUACAUUUCCCCUGGCCCGCCCCUCUUGAUCGGCAGCGCGUCCUCCACGCGGAAGUCGGCCUUGAUGCAGUGCACGGACAAGUGGUUGACGCAGGUCCCGGAGGCCUCCCCUGUUUUCAAAGACAAGUUGGCCAUGAACACGGACUGCACCACGAAGGGCAUUCGGAAGCAGCUUGAAGAACACGGCCGGUGCGGCAUCUCCAGCGACGAGGCCGCAAACACGUUCCAGACGCCCUUCAGCGACGUGGAGUCCGGGGUGCACUAUCUCAGCUGCGCGAAGCUUAACACGUGGACGCAGAGCGAGCACGACGGACCGGCGACUGGCAACGGCAAGGUGUCUUUGGACAAUUACAAUUUCAUGCUCAGGUGCGCGGGCCAGACAGAGGUCGUCGAGUUUAUCGUCAUGCCGAAAGUGCACGGGUUCCAGAAGCGCAUGCAGACGGACGCGCGCGCGGACGACGGGGUCGAUUCCGAACAGAGCGACUCCUUCAUCGAGCGUCUGCACGGGUGGAUGCACGAGCAUUGUUCUGAUGUCGCCAGCGUUCUCUCGCUCGACGGCUUCGCCUACACCAUAUACCGUGCUGCGAAGCAGGCUUUUGAUGAUAUCUGUCAGACCGUGCCAAUGCCGCCGGCAUUCAAGACGAAGUUGAAUUUCUUUCACAGCGACUUGCUUCGCGCAACGCACCGGGUGCACCGCGGGGACCAGUUCGCCAGGCAUUUCAUCGCCCGGCAUGCUGCCCAGGGCGACGACGCCCUGGCGCCGCAACCGCCUUUUGAUGCUGCUUGCGGGUGUUGUCUUCCCAGUGUGAACGAAAUCACGAUGGGGCUCCACAAGGUUCUCCGCCAAAUUGAACUUCACUUCGGGCUGUACCGCUUCCACGUCGCCCACGCUGCCGAGGGCAACCAUCGCUCCGGCGCCGACGGCAGGUGCGCAGGCGGACCUUCGGCGGCCGUGCUGGCCGCUCCUGACGUCGCGGAGAUAGCGAUGAGGGCCCUCAUGCCGUCCGAGCUGAUGCGGCAGUUCCUGCUCACUCGCGCUCCCAAGGGGCAGAUUUUCACGGAGGCGGACGCGAGGCAGUGGCUCAGGAAUAAGAGGGACACGUGGUUCAGAACGGACCUGGCAAAGAAGAUCUCCGACGGCUUGACAGCGCUGGUCGCGGCUAAUCUCCUGGACAGGGUCGCGGACUCCGCCGAUGCGGGGGACUCCACGCAGAGGGCCAAGGCGGCGCAAGGCAAGCGCAAGGGCAACCCCAAGGGCAAGGGCAUGUUCAAGAAGCGCAAGCUCGAGGAGAUCGUUGCGGACGCAGAUGCCACGGAGGAACGCAAGCGCCUGCGGGUGAGCACGAGCGAAUUCGACGCGCACCGCACUCGACAACGCUACCCAGCCCACUACGAGCUGCUAAUGGAGGUGCUCUCAGAUCAUGACAAGAAGGCCGUCGAGGAUCUGCAGUAUCGGCGUAUCGUCCCUGAGGAUUACGAAUUGCUGUCCGGACUGGACGCGAGCGUGUCCCGCAGCGCCCGGGAUAUGGACUACAUCAACAGCGUGCUCGAGCGGUGCAAGGGCGGACACCCCGGCGAUCCGGCGCCCGCGAAUUGUAUGAUUUGCAUGGAGGAUGUCCCGUGCCGCCACCUACCUUGCAGGCAUUCGUUCUGCUCCGACUGCCUCGUUUCAAGUUGGUCCAAGGUGGACGCGCUCGGCCUGAUUUGCCCUGCGUGCAGGCAAGAUGUGGCGGAAGGGUUGGCGCUCGCGGAGGAGAGAAAGGCCGGUGUCGCCACGGGCGGUUGCACCGAGGGCGCCGCGGGCGCAGGGGGCGCUGCGGAGCAGGGCGUCGGCGCUGCCGCCGCCAGCGCGGCCAGGCCCCUCGAGGGCGCCGCCCGCGCUGGUGCCGCGGGCGCGGGAGGCGUGGCCCAGGCGUCCGAAGAGGGCGACGUUGCGGGGGAGGGUGGCGAAAAGACGGUAUGGCAGUGCGUGGUCGCUACCAUUCUGUCCGAAUCCCCAGACCUCUCCUCGGAAGUCGCGAAGCGCCUCCAAGUGGGGGACCGUCUCGAGGGCCUCGCCGUGCCUCGGAUGGAGGGCCCGGUGAUGCGGGUGCACGUGAGGAUCGGAGACAAAGUCGGCUGGGUGACGUUGCGGAGCACUUCGGGCAAGGAGCUCGUCUCAGUCUUGGGCGCCGACGCUCACCCUGGCGCUGCCGACGGCCGUGGCGCGCCUGCCCUGGCGCCCGGGGUGCCCUCGCCAAGAGCCCCGCAGUCGCGCCCGAUGGCGGCCCCCGAUGGCGCUGCGUUGUCGAGAUCGGCGGACCCGCCGCCCGCGGUCCGAGGGGGAGGCGGUGCCGGGGAUGCCCCGAGCCCAAUUCCCCCCCCAGUCGCUGACGGCCCGCCCGCGAGAUCGGCGGACCUGCCGCCCGCGGUCCGGGCGGGAGACGGUGCCGGGGAUGCCCCGAGCCCAAUUCCCCCCCCAGUCGCUGACGGCCCGCCCGCGGGGCUGCCCGCGGGGGCAAUGACGCAGCAUAUGAUAGUAGAUGCGCAGUAUUUGGAGAUGGCAGUGAAGGGCAUCAAGAACAAGGAGUACCGCGGGUUGAAGACCGAUUACUGGCGACGUCGGUUCCUCCAGGGUGGGCGGGACUGGCACGUCACCCGCGUGAGGAUGAGGGCCGGCCGCGAGAAGUUCAGGCCGGAGGCGGUGUUCGAGAUCGUCAACAAGGAGGUGAUCAAGGUGGCCGACUUGGCCGACGAGUGCUUGCCCGACCGAGGUACGGAGGCGUGGGGCCGGCUGUUCGGCGGGUGCACGGAAGUGCUGGUGUUGCACCUCGGUGGCAUCGUAGAGAACCGCACCGAAUGGCGGCGCGAGGUGGAGGGCGCGCAAGGGGGCCCGGUGCUGCGCGCGGUUUCCCCCGAGCGCGCGGGCGCCCAGGACGACGCGGAGGACAUGGAGGGGCAGGGCCGCGUGCUCGUCGGCCAGGGCAUCGGCGCGGAAGAAGAGCAGGCGAAGUGGAGGCUGGCGAGCUCCUUCCUGUCGCGGCGCGGAGGCCUCGUCUGGAACGAGGUGGUGGAGGCAGCACUGGGCGACAAGCAGAAGCUGUUCGACCGCGUCGUGGACUUCCGGGGCAUGCGCGCGACGCUGCUCACAAUGUCAAUCGGGGCGCUGAGACAAAUCGGCCAGGCUGCCAUGUUGCACCGGGACGUGAUCCGGGAGAAGAAGCCUGCACUUGUCUACCACCUAAUCUGCUGGUACCGCCAGGCGGCGGUCGAUGACGCGGCGUCGGCGGCCCCGCCCGCCGAGCCGGCGGCGGAGGAGGCGGAGACGGAGGAGAACCCGUUGGCGGACGCCCCACUCCUGAUCCCGCGCGCCAAAGUGGCGCGGAUCAUCCGCGCCCUGCUGCCGCUGUUGUCGGCGAAGAGGUCCGGCCACGCAGAAGGCGCGCCGCUGAAAAUCACCGAUGAGGCCGUGGGUGCCGUCCACGAGCACCUCGAGUACGUCCUGCGCGCUCUGGUGAGCGACGCUUUCGCUGUGGCCGAGUGGGCGAAUAAAGACCGCGUGAAGAAGAUGUCCAUGACUGCGCUGGCCGUCCGGAUGUCAGGCUCUAUCCAGACGAAGACGUUCGUGGCCAGCAAGCGGAAGCGCAGGCUUGCCAACGUCCUGGAUGACCUUGCGAAGCUCGCGGGGAGUGUUUACGACGGCGAUGCGCCGGUCGACUGGGUUGGUUGCGACGAGCUGUCCGAUUUCCUCUUCAGGAAGUUCAUCUCGGCCGAGAAAAGUGAGAAGAUUCGCGUGCCUGCGGCAGCUUUCAGGGAUAUGCGGUGUUUCACGUUCCACUUCCUCGACGCGUUCCUUUCCCAGGGCGUCGAAUCGGCGCGCCGCUGCGGUAAGAACACUCUGACCAAGCGGAUCCCCGAGCCUUCGGCCCAAUCUGCCCCCUGGCUGGCCUGGGUCGCGGGCACGAGGGCGUGGCUCCGGGAGGGCGGCGCUGCGGGUGGCAUGUCGAACGGGGGGGCGCGCGAUCUGGAGGCGGCAGGCGACGGUCUCAUGGAGCAGGCCGGCAAGAGGUGGAACAAGACCACGAGGGCGUUCGACGCGGUGGCCGGACACGCCGCUUGCCCCGAAGAUGCGAAGUACAAGAAGCAGGCGAAGGAGAAGUACGACGAAGCGAGAAGGAAACGCGUGCAACUUAAAGGAAUGGUAGAGCAGUCCGUGAACAAAGACGGCACCAAUGACGUGAAGAACGCGAAGGGCCAUCAGGACGCCAUCGACUAUAUCGACGCCAAGAAGAGCGAGUUUCGACAGUUGCAGAUGGACUCCACCGCCAUGUUCCGCGAGGUCGCCCUGUGCGGGUUGGCGCAGGAGCAGGGCAUCGCCGCUCUGCGGGCGUGCCUCGCCGACGCCCGCGGCGACGAGACACUUCGCGCCACCGAGAUCAGUUCUGCCGUGGCGCGUCGCGCCGUCGUAUGGGGCGAUUCCGCGGCGUGGGAUGACAUGAGGGAUUGUCUCCAGUCUCGGUUGGCCCCCGGGCCCCGGCCGCUGCCAUCCCAAGUCGCGUCCGUGUCUGCCGCCCACUUCCGCGAUGCAGAUUUCACCGUUCCCGACCCGAGGGAAGACGCUGUCCUGGUCCACGGCGGGUUGGAGAACGAUUACGAGUCCGCGGAGGAUGGGUGUCACUUCUUGCCGCUGCUUCACGUCGACGAGCAUGGCCAGUUGCCCCCGUGCCCGUCACCGAAGUGGGCCGACAUGGUGGCGUCCGUCGCUGGUCGCAGCGGCGAUCUCGUGCUGGAGUCGCGCGUCCGCGACGGGGGCGACUGCUACUUCCACGCGCUCCUCGUCCUCCUGCAUUUCCGGGGCGUUCUGCUGCUCGCGACGGGCGGCGCGUCGGCGGCACCUGGGGGGGGCGGUGCCGGGGUUGCCCCGAGCCCCCCUUCCCCCGCGGGCUCACCAGCCGGCCCAGGUCCAAUCGUUGACGGACCUCGGAAGAGCCCCGAGCUCGCCUCUCAGCCCCCGCCUGAGUCGCCAGCUUCUGCGGAGAUGGCGUCGCCUGUGUCGUUCACCCCCUUCAGGAAUGGGGCGCGAUUCGAGGAUUCUCUUGCAGAGAGUGCCAGCUUUCGCGUCCCAGACCCCACGGGCGAGAGUCUUGCCGCAUUGCAGGCUAUAGUCGAAGAGCUCCCGGAGGACGAGGCAUCGAAAGCGAUCGAAGAGUUCUUGUUCCCCGACAUUGUCUUCGAGGGAUUAAAAACGAAGGAGGAGGUGCACGAGACAGUGCGCCACAGGGUCAUGAGGGCGUGGGAGGACACCCGGUCCCACCGCCAGAUUGCCAGCGAGCUGGAUUUCGAUUUGCGCACCAUCGCGCCGAAGCCGUUGGCGGACGCCGUCCACGUCGCAGGCAAGGCCCGGGGUCUGUCCGCGGAAGCGCUGCUCGCCGCCGUCGAGUGCAACAUGGGUUUCAUCGAGGCGCCUGGAACGACGCUCACGCACUUGCCGUCGUCAGGCCAUUACAUUUCCCCUGGCCAGCCCCUCUUGAUUGGCAGUGCGUCCUCCACGCGGAAGUCACCUUUGAUGCAGUGCACGGAUAAAUGGUUGACGCAGGUCCUGGAGGCCUCCCCUGUUUUCAAAGACAAGUUGGUCAUGAACACGGACUGCACCACGGAGGGUAUUCGGAAGCAACUCGAAGAACACAGGCGGUGCGGCAUUUCCAGCGACGAGGCCGCCAACACGUUCCUGACGCCCUUCAGCGACCAGGAGUCCGGGGUGCAGUAUCUCAGCUGCGCGAAGCUUAACACGUGGACGCAGAGCGAGUACGACGGACCGGCGACCGGCAACGGCAAGGUGUCUUUGGACAACUACAAUUUCAUGCUCAAGUGCUCGGGCCAGACGGAGGUCGUCGAGUUUAUCGCCAUGCCGAUAGUGCACGGGUUCCAGAAGCGCAUGCAGACGGACGUGCGCGCAGACGACGGGGUCGAUUUCGAACAGAGCGACUCAUUCAUCGAGCGGCUGCACGGAUGGAUGCACGCGCAUUGUUCCGCUGUCGCCAGCGCACUCUCGCUCGACGGCUACGCCUACACCAUAUACCGUGCUGCGAAGCAGGCUCUGGAUGACAUCUGUCAGACCGUGCCGAUGCCACAGGUGUUCAAGGCGAAGUUGAAUUUCCUUCACAGCGACUUGCUUCGCGGAACGCACCGGGUGCACCGCGGGGCCCAGUUCGCCAGGGACUAUAUCGCCCAGCAUGCCGCCCAGGGCGGCGGCGGCGCCCUGGCGCCGCUUCCGCCCCUCGAUGCCGCUCGCUGGCGUCGCCUCCCCAGUGUCGACGACGUCGCGAUGGGCCUCCACAAGGUGCUGCGCCAAAUUGACCUUCACUUCGGGUUGUACCGUUUCCACGCAGCCCAGAAGGCCGCAGCCGCCGAGGGCAAUCAUCGCUCUGGUGCCGACUGCAGGGGCGUUGGCGGACGUUCGGCGGCCGUUCUGGCAGCUCCCGACGUCGCGGAGGCCGCGGUGAAGGGUCUCACGCCGUCCGAGCUGAUGCGGCAAUUUUUGCUCAUCCGCGCCCCCAAGGGGCAGACUUUCACGGCGGCGGACGCGAGGCAGUGGCUCCGAAACAAGAGGGAUUCGUGGUACAGGACGGACCUGGCCCAGAAGAUAUCCGACGGCCUGGCGGCGCUGGUCGCGGCGCAUCUCGUCGACAGGGUCGCUGGUGUCGCCGACGCGGGGGAGUCCACCUCGAGGGCCGAGGCGGCGCCAGGCAAGCGCACGGUCAACCCCAAGGGCGAGGGCACGUUCAAGAAGCGCAAGCUCGAGGCCAUCUUGGCGGACGCCGACGCCACGGAGGAGCGCAAGCGCUUGCGAGUCAACACGAGCGAAUUUGAGUGA